AUGACCAUACCGAAAGCUUGGGGCAACAUGAGAAUUGUUGACAAAAUUUGGAAGUGUGCUUAUCGCCCCUGGGACCCUGAGAAUCACAAAUAUCUUCCGUUGCAAAACUUUGUGGUGAUAGCUUUAGCAUGCGCUUUCGAUACUAUGUGCAUGGCGGCAAUGGUGACUUUGAAUGAAGAUUUGCAGGACAAAUUUGGCGUUUCUUAUACAACUGCUUCGUGGGGGCUGACUGCGUAUGCAAUUACAUUUGCGGGGUUCAUCGCAUUCUUGGGUAGAGUAGGCGACGUGAUUGGAAAUACUUGGCUAUUCACAUGCUCUACGCUAUUGUUCUCGAUAUUCUCGCUGCUUUGCACUGUCAUGCCGUCUUUCCCUGCUUUCGCUGUUUUUCGAGCAUUGCAGGGCGUGGCUGGCGCAGGAAUAGUGCCUUCGAGUUUUGCGCUUAUCCCAAUGAUAUUUGAGGACAGUGCAGGUACCUAUUUGUCGAUACUUUCGAUGAUUUUUGCGGGUUGUUUCGGUCUGGGCUUCGUGUUAGGAGGUGCAUUCGCCAUGACAGACGGGGGGUUUCGAGGGUUAUUUUACUUUGUAUUUGGCUCAAUGAUGGUCGUUUCCGUAUUCUCGUUUGCGAAAGUGCUUUCGAUUGGUUACGAAAUGGAUCACAGAACAACGUUGAAGGAGAGGUGGAACAAAGUGUGCGAGCUGGACAUGGUGGCGACCACGGUGUUUAUUCUGAGUAGUAUAAUGAUUGUGAUUGGACUCACUGAAGGUGGCAAAUCUUGGGAGGAGGCAAAGGCCUACGCGGUUUUUAUUGUAGGUUCGUUGCUGUUCGCAGGUUUUCUAUUCUGGAAUAUAAAGUACGAAUUGUUGACCAGUCAACUGAGUCGCCUUAAAAUGAAGCGUCUUGGUCAACAACUACAAAAAAGGUCGGUGCUCAUCCCGAGUUCUGUCAUGGGCUUGAGGAAUUUCUCGCCAGCGAUGCUUACAGUUUUUUUGAACUAUUGCUGCUUCCUUUCAAGCUUUUAUAUUAUUAAUCAGUACAGCAUGUACGCAGAAAAAGAUUCGCCUAUCAUCGCCUCUGUGAAACUCUGUCCUAUAGUGAUUGGUCUAGCACUCGGGAACUCUGUGGUAAUAUUUCGCCCUCAAACUUUUAGUGCGAAAAUUGGGCUAAUUAUGGGUUUCUUAAUCAUGCUUUGCUCAACAAUCAUCCUAAUACAACUCCACUUGGUUCACACUCUGGUUUUUUGGAAAAGACUUCUCCCGUCCGGGUUCCUGUGCGGACUCCGCUCGGGUUUAUACUUUCCUUACAUGCUGUCGAUGACAGUUGGUGCUGCACCACACAACCUGAAGGGGCUGGCUUCGGGGAUCAUGCAAACAUUCGGGCAAUUCGGCAAGGAAGUAGCGUUUUCCGUCUUAGCCUCAAUAAUUGGGAACCUUGGAUAA